AUGAAACCUGUCGUUCCUGUGGAAGAGAGAAUAUCUCUUUGUGACACAGGUAAUACAAGGCUCAAAAAACAUUCAGUUCUCAAAAAAGCCAAACAUGCCUCUGGAGAAAAGAAACUUUUAAAAUGUAAUAUCUGCGAGAAAUUUUUUGCCCAAAACUCAAGCCUUACACUUCAUCAAAGAACUCAUACUGGAGAGAAACCCUUUGAAUGUAUUGAAUGCAGGAAAGCCUUUAGUCAGAAUGUCCACCUUAUUCGACAUCAGAGAAUACACACAGGCGAAAAGCCUUUUAAAUGUACAGAGUGUGGGAAAGCCUUUAGCCAUGGCUCAACCCUGACUAUCCAUCAGAGAACUCAUACAGGAGAGAAACCGUAUGAGUGUGCUACUUGUAAGAAAGCCUUUAACCAUAGAGGGGCCCUGAAAGUUCAUCAGAGACUCCAUACAGGCGAGAAACCCUAUGAGUGUAAAGAAUGUGGGAAAGCCUUCCGGCAGAGCACAUACCUUGCUCAUCAUCAGAGGAUUCAUACUGGAGAGCGCCCUUACGAAUGCAGGGAAUGUGGGAAGACCUUCAGGCAGAACGCACACCUUGCUCAACAUCAGAAAAUACACACUGGAGAGAAACCCUAUGAGUGCAGAGAAUGUGGGAAAGCCUUCAGUAAGAGCGCACACCUUGCUAACCACCUGAGUAUCCACAGUGAUGAGAAGCCUUAUGAAUGUGCUGAAUGUGGGAAGUCCUUUAGUAACGGGUCCUAUCUUGGGAAACACCAGCGAGUCCAUACUGACAAAAGACCAUAUGAAUGUUUUGAAUGUGGUAAGGCAUUCAGAUACAAGCAGUCCCUUAUUUGUCAUGAAAGGUCUCAUACUGAUAAGGAACCUUAUGAAUGUAGUGUUUGUGGGAGAACUUUUAGCAAACACAAUGCCCUUACUGUCCAUAAGAAAACUCAUACAGGAGAGAAAGCUUAGCAAGUAGAAUGUAGAAAAGCCUUCAGCCAGAUGACGAAUUUAAUUCUACAUGAAAGAAUCCAUAUGGGAGAAAGGUCCUAUGAAUGUACGGAUUGCAGAAAAGUAUUGAAGGAAAGCGUACUCUUUGCUCAUCAUCAGCAGAUUCAGACUGGAGAGUGA